UCAUGGGCGCGCUGGAGCUCCGGAGCUGCAGCAAAUGCGAAGCGCGACACACGAGCGCGACCCAAACUGUGUCACGUGUGUGUCGAAUCUGACCGUCGAUUAUUUAUUUUCGUUCUACUCGACAAUUCCAAAAAUCAGUGCCAUUGGCUUUAGCUUUGCCCUUGAACUUGAAAUCUCGUGCCUUAUUCUUUCCUGGGGACUGGUGUAGGAUAUUGAACGGGCGGAGUUACCGCCGGGAUGAUGGAUGAAGGAGAUGAUGGCCUAAACUUGGCUGCGCUCAUUCUCAUUUUCGCGUGGCCUGCCACUAGUGUUUCGCAGAUUCACAAAGGGUGUCACAGGCAUAGCUGGAGGAAGAAAGGUGCUACACGAAUGCGAAACGUACGUCAUUUGAAUUGGGUGGACUUGGAGUGGCCGGAAAUAUUGCGCGCUUUGCAGCAGGAGGCCACCAACCGACUGGUCGACAUGAAAUAUCCCAAAGUGCAAAAGUACUGCCUGAUGAGCGUCGAUGGCUGCUACACAGAUUUCCGUAUCGACUUUGGUGGCACAUCCGUCUGGUAUCAUAUGCUCAAGGGUGGAAAGGUUUUCUGGCUGAUUCCUCCGACCCCAAUCAAUCUUCAGAUCUAUGAGCAGUGGGUGUUGUCCGGUAAACAGCAGGAUAUCUUCCUGGGUGACAUGGUCGAGACGUGUGCCCGCGUCGAAUUGAACCAGGCUGGACUUUUGUCAUUCCUACUGGCUGGAUUCAUGCAGUUCACACUCCUGUGGAUUCGCUAGUGUUUGGUGGAAACUUUCUGCACAGUUUCAACAUAAGCGGUCAGCUUGCCGUGGCGGACAUUGAAGAAACUACUAAGGUACGUGAGCUGUGCUGUGCAUGUCUGUCAUAUCUUCUACAACUCUACCACGCCAAUGCCUUGUGUGAGCUUUCCAAGGCUUGCAGUUGUGCAUGAAGGUUUCUGUUUUGUUAUGCUCCUACGUCGUUCAUCGAUGUUGCCGUGGAACUGUGUGUGUAUGUGUGUGUCUCUCUCUUUCUUUCUCUCUCUCUCUCUCUCUCUCUCUCUCUCUCUCUCUCUCUUUCUCUCUCUCUCUCUCUCUCUCUCUCUCUCUCUUUCUCUCUCUCUCUCUCUCUCUCUCUCUCUCUCUCUCUCUCUCUCUCUCCAUCUCCCUCUCUCCAUCUCCGUACACUUCACUUUGUACCACUAUGAUUCCCUCUGUGUCUUAAAAAUACAAAAUGUGGGGAAUCGAUCUCCGUGUGGCCGCGGCUGUUGAAUUUAUUUUCCUGAGAACGAGAAAGUAUUCUGUCUCUGCUGCUAUGUCCUUUGUCGAUGUGAUUUCGACGUGAGCUGCGGGUCAUUCGCGUUGUUUUUAGACGCGCGAGCCAAAUAACGCGAGCUGAACUUUCGCGUCACAUCAGAAAUAACGUGAAUCUUAACCUCUCUAAUAAAAGCUCAAUAUCGAAGAUGUGUAUAUGCAAUAUUUAUGUUUGUACCAUCAUCAACAAUAAUAGAAAACAGGAUCACUGCACUUCGGAGUAUCCAAACAUAAAUAUGUAGUUAUCCUGUCAAGCAAGAUUACAUAACCCCGUGUACUCUUGUGUCAAAGCACAGGAUCUUAUUCUUACAAGGGAAGAGGCUGCACAGUACACGUAUUAUCACAAUUUAUCAGACGUAUUCGGAAUCUGUGGUGGACAAAGCCCCAUUAGACCUUGUACAGACUAGUGCAAAGAAAAACGUGUGAUGCGUUGAUUCGCCGUACACAUGUCGUAAUAAUCACUGGUGCGUGGAACAUUGCAUCAUAAAAAUGACGUCAACUUGAAAUUCUGUGGUGACAGCAGGGUGUGCGGGAGUUUCACACUCUUCGGGGGUUAUAUACUCUAAUUUCAGAAAUUUUAGGUGCUCACUAUUUUUCACUAUGAGGGCAAAAGGCCAGGUUAGGCGAACAGAACUUUUAGGUGCAGAGAAGCAGUUCCCUAUUGGAUUAUGUGUGUUAGUGUUUGUUCGGUGUAUUGAAACUUUAGGUAUGAAACAGACGCACCAAACGUACCGAAAAAAAAGUACACCAACAAUUUGUGAUAUUACAGUACUCUUGUUGUUGGGUGUUGCCGGUUGAAUGCUGUUCACGACAGCUAUCCUAUGCCUAAAUAUGGGCUUGUAUAUUCUGAUUGUCUGA